UUACGUAAACGUUGCCGGCUUGUAAAAUUGUAAACAAAAAUUAAUAUUUGAAAUUUAAUUGUGAUUUCGUAUUUAAAAAAUGGAGAUUCAAACAGAAAUGGACGACAAAAUACUUAUUCUCAAGGAUCUUAAAACAAUUCCUGAUAUUGUUCACGAAUAUUCCAUGAAAUAUCAAAAAGUUCCUUUGGUUAUUGACAAUGGAUCAUUCCAAAGUCGUGUUGGCUUUAUGAGCCAUAAAAAACCUCAGCUUAUAUUCAGAAACUUGGUUGCAAAGCCUCGUAAAGAUCGCAACAAGAAAGAAACAAAAGAGGAACCCCAAAAUGUUCAACCAAUGACAUUAAUUGGCAACGACAUCGUUAACAUCGAAGCGAUGCGAUUCCAGUUGAGAACUCAAUUCGAUAGAAAUGUUGUAACUCAUUAUUAUCUUCAGGAGCAAAUCUUUGAUUACAUUUUCACACACUUGGGUGUCAAUACAAAAGGAUCAGUAAAUCAUCCAAUCAUGAUUACAGAAGCUCCUGUCAAUCCUAAUUAUUGUCGCUCAUUGAUGUCUGAAUUGCUGUUUGAAUGUUAUCAAGUUCCAUCAGUUUGUUAUGGCAUCGACGCAUUGUUCAGUUUUAGUUUCAAUGACAAUAUGAAUGGAACAGGAUUAAUUGUAUCUAUUGGCUAUCAAACAACACAUGUUAUUCCAUAUAUCGAUGGAAAACAAGUUGCUGAUAAAAUUCGAAGAAUAAAUGUUGGAGGAUUUCACAUGAUUUUCUACAUGCAUCGCCUUCUUCAACUUAAAUAUCCGAUUCAUGUCAACAAUAUAACUCUGAGUCGUGUUGAAGAGCUUUUACAUGAACAUUGCUCGAUUGCUUUGGAUUAUAAGGAGUCAUUGAACCAAUGGGCAUCGCAUGACUUCUAUGAACGACACGUUAAGAAAAUUCAACUUCCAUUCAGCCAAGUGGUUGCUGCUCCAACACUUACAGCUGAACAGAAGAAUGAAAAACGUAAGGAAAUGUCAAGACGACUUGCAGAGAUAAAUGCAAGGAAGCGUGAAGAAAAAUUAGCUGAAGAUGAAGACCAAUUGCAGCGUAUGGAGGAGCUUUUGCAAAAUUAUGAAGAUGAUGAAGAUGAGGAGGAAUUCGAAAUGGGAUUGAAGGAAUUCAAUGUGACAACGUACGAGGAAUUAGAGAAAUUAAUUUCUGUGACAAAAGGACGAAUUGAGAAAGUUAAACAAAAGAUGCUAGCAGUAGAGUCAGGAAUACAAAUUGAAGAAAAGCCUGUCAUUAUUCCUCAGCCACCAGCUGACAAAACAUUGAAUGAAUGGCUCAGUGAAAUUCGCGAGAAGAAAAAUGCAAUUCUCGAAAAGAAGCAGACAAGGAAACAAAGACGCUCAGAUUUAGCGAAACGAAGAACUGCAGCAGCUCAAGAGAGAAUGAGAAUUAUUUCGAAAUUAGCUGGAAAAGAAAAAGGAACCGACGACUUUGGUUCCAGAGAUGAAGAUUGGGACGUUUACAAAGCUAUAAGUCGAGAUCAAGAUAGCGAUUCAGAAGUUGAAAAUGAAAAGCUAUUGGAAUACGAUGAUAUAUUGCGACAUCAUGAUCCUUUUCUUGGAAAAAACGACGAGCCUCAAUUGAGCAUGGGAAUGGCUGAAUAUCAUCAACUUCAUUUUUCUGUCGAAGCAAUUCGUGCAACUGAAGUCUUAUUUCAACCGAGUAUGUUAGGAGUGUUGGAAGCUGGUCUUGCUGAAACUAUUGAUUAUGUUUUGAAGCUUUUCAAUUCAGAGGAUCAACAAAAACUUGUCAACAAUAUCUUUUUAACUGGAUCUGUUUCAAAGCUUCCUGGACUUGAAGAGAGAUUGAAUAAAGAACUUUUAGAAAUGCGUCCCUUUGAAAGCACAUUUGGAGUAAAAAUAGCAAAGGAUCCUUCUUUAGACGCUUGGAAUGGAGCAAGAAAAUUUGCCGCAACUAGCAACUUCCAAAAAUACCAAAUGACAAGCAGCGAUUAUAAAGAAAUGGGUGGCGAAUAUGUCAAAGAAUAUUUUGCUAAAUAUAUUUAUUGGGAGCUUUUCUCUGAAGAAAUGCGGUCGAAAAUUCAUAUUUGCAAAUCCGAUUUUUACUCAAACUACGCAGUAAGCUCAAACUUUUCAGGAUGGAGAAGUGACACAAGUAAAUCACUUGAUAAGCGCUAUAGUCGUGUUUCAAACUUUCAUGCAAAUCAAGCCGUAAAUUUGUUUGAGAAGGACUUUAUUGUUGUUCCAUGCAACAUAAGAGAACAUUGGUUGUUAGCAAUUGUUUGUUAUCCAAAAUUGAAUGGUGCAAUAAGAAUCGAAGAUGACAAACGUGUGAGUUUAAAAGAAGCAAUGCGAGAUAUGAAACACCCCACUGUUGGUAAUCAAGUUAAGCAAUCGUGCAUUUUGGUAUUUGAUUCUUUGAAAAAAAGCUUUGGUUCAGCAAUGGUUACAAUGCAUCUUCGUAAUUUUUUCAAAUCAGAAUACAAAUCAAGAUAUGAGGGUUUAUUUGAGUUCGAAUCUAGCAGUUUGAUUGGAUGUGGAUCAAUAAAAGUUCCCGUUCAAAAUAACAGCACAGAUUGUGGCCUUUUUCUUUUAGAAUUUUUUGAACAUUUUUUCAUUAAAUCACCUAUUUUCGACUUUCGUUUACCAAUGGAUUUAAGAGCUUGGUUUGACCCCGAAAUCAUUUUAUCGAAGAGGGAAGCAAUAGAAAAUUUGUUAUUGAGUUUGAUGGUAGCAAAUACUCCAAUUGAAGAACUUUCUGAACCCUCCACAUUGAAAUUAGAGGAAGAGUCGAUGAAUGAUAAUAAUAACAACGAUUUUGAUGCAGUUGAUAAAAGUAAAACAGAGGAUCAACUAACAGAAUUACUUUCUGAACCCUCCACACUGAUCGUCGUAGAACAUACCGCUCAAAAUCUAGAGAGAGAAGAUCACGUUCAAAGGACCGAUAUAAUUCAAGACAACGAUCUCGCUCAAGAGAGCAUCGACGUGCAUCAAAAUCUUCCAGAAGAAGAAAUCCAAGCUUGUAAGUAUUGGGAUGUGCCACCACCCGGAUUUGAGCAUAUUACGCCACUGCAAUAUAAAGCCAUGCAAGCCGCCGGUCAAAUUCCAGCAAAUAUUGUUGCUGAUACUCCACAAGCAGCAGUCCCAGUGGUUGGCUCAACAAUAACACGCCAAGCUAGAAGACUCUACGUUGGCAACAUCCCAUUUGGGGUGACGGAAGAGGAAAUGAUGGAAUUCUUUAACCAACAAAUGCAUCUAUCAGGACUGGCCCAAGCUGUUGGAAAUCCUGUUCUUGCUUGUCAAAUUAAUCUCGAUAAGAAUUUUGCUUUCUUGGAGUUCCGAUCGAUUGAUGAAACAACACAAGCUAUGGCUUUUGAUGGGAUCAACUUUAAAGGACAAAGCUUGAAAAUUCGACGACCACACGACUACCAGCCAAUGCCAGGGAUGACUGACACAGUGUCUAUUAAUGCUCCCGUUCUUGGUGUUAUCAGCACCGUCGUUCCAGACUCACCACACAAAAUUUUCAUUGGGGGUUUGCCAAACUAUUUAAACGAAGAUCAGGUGAAGGAAUUACUUCUUUCCUUCGGACAAUUGAAGGCAUUUAAUUUAGUGAAAGAUGCAGCGACAGGAUUGUCGAAAGGAUACGCUUUUGCAGAAUACAUUGAAUACGCUAUCACAGAUCAAGCGAUAGCUGGAUUAAAUGGAAUGCAACUUGGAGAUAAAAAGCUUAUCGUGCAACGAGCAAGUGUGGGAGCUAAAAAUGCAACAGUCGGCCAAGUUGCACCAGUUCAAAUUCAAGUUCCAGGAUUGUCCGGUGUUGGAGCGUCAGGCCCGGCUACUGAUGUUUUAUGUCUGCUAAAUAUGGUCACAGCUGAUGAACUUAAAGACGAAGAGGAGUAUGAAGAUAUUCUUGAAGACAUCAAAGAAGAAUGCAACAAAUAUGGAGUCGUUCGAUCGAUUGAAAUUCCAAGACCAAUCGAAGGUGUCGACGUACCAGGAUGUGGUAAGGUUUUUGUUGAGUUCAAUUCCAUUUUGGACUGCCAACAUGCACAGCAAGCACUCACCGGUCGUAAGUUUAGCGAUCGUGUUGUUGUUACGUCUUACUUCGAUCCUGACAGCUAUCAUCGUCGUGAAUUUUAAUUUCUUUCUUUUCUCUUUACCGUCAUUUUUAAUAUCAAAUAUCUCCGAGGAUUGAUUAAAAUCUUCUUUUGUUUUUUUCUUCUACUUUUUUCUUUUCCAUCUUUAUGAUAAAUAAUUUCUUUUUUUAUUCACCAUGAUUAAAUAUCCUUCAUUACAAUGAGAAGAAAAAAGAUUCAAUCAAGUACAUACCUUGAAGUACUUUACAAUUUUUAUCAGCAUAACAAUAAGAUUUGUUUCCGAUACAGAAUGUUUUCACAGGAUAUUCAUUUUUUCAUUUUAUUUUAUCAAAAAGAAAGAACCGAAUAAUAAAAGAAAUUGAGACAUA